GUGAAAUUAGGUUGUAGCUUAGUUACCACCAACCCCGCUUCCGCAUGGUCGUUAAACCUUAUGAUCUUUCUAAUUUAUAUCUUAAAUAUAAAUCGGCAAAACAUCAACAACCCAUUAGAUAUGUCCCUCAAACUUUGAAAACGAUUAUCCAAAUAAAUUAUUUAUUAAAACAAGUGAAUAAUACUUCUAUAUAAAUGGGUUUAAGCCUCCUUCAUUAAACACAUCUCACAACUCACUAAUCUCUAGCUAACCAUGGCAUUUCUAGUAGAGAAACAACUCUUCAAAGCCCUCUUCUCAUUCUUCUUAUUAGUUUUACUCUUCUCCGAUACCGUCUUAUCUUUCCGAAAAACAAUCGACCAGAAAAAACCCUGCAAACACUUCUCGUUCUAUUUCCAUGACAUCCUCUACGAUGGCGACAAUGUAGCAAACGCAACCUCCGCCGCCAUCGUGAGCCCUCCAGGACUAGGAAACUUCAAGUUCGGUAAGUUUGUGAUCUUUGAUGGGCCCAUAACAAUGGACAAGAACUAUCUCUCAAAACCCGUGGCUCGCGCACAAGGCUUCUAUUUCUAUGACAUGAAGAUGGACUUCAAUUCGUGGUUUUCCUACACGUUGGUGUUUAACUCAACGGAACACAAAGGGACAUUGAACAUAAUGGGUGCUGAUUUGAUGAUGGAGCCAACAAGAGAUCUAUCGGUCGUUGGUGGGACAGGUGACUUCUUCAUGGCUCGUGGGAUCGCUACCUUCGUGACUGAUUUAUUUCAAGGGGCUAAGUAUUUCCGAGUUAAGAUGGAUAUUAAGCUCUAUGAAUGUUACUAAGUAGCUAAGAAUGUGUGUUUUGUUUGAAAAUUUUAUGUUGACACAGAGAAAUGUGUUUACAAUAAUUAAGUUUUUUUUUUGCCUUUUCUUUUGCUGUUGUCUUUUUGUUUAUCUAUAAUUAUUAUGUGAUUUAUUUCAAGGGGAUAAGUAUUUCCGAGUUAAGAUGGAUAUUAAGCUCUAUGAAUGUUACUAACUAGCGAAUAAUAUUUGUUUUGUUUGAAAAUUGGUAUGUACACAGAGAUAAUGUGUUACUAAUAAGUAGUGUUUUUUUUUGUGGCCUUUUUAUUUGGUGUUGUCUUUUUGUUUAUCAAUAGUCAAUUAUU